GGCGGUUGCCGGGCCCGAGGCCUGCGGGAUGGAGCCGGGUUCGGGGUCGCUGUUCCCGGCCUUCGCUGACAGGAAAAGCGCGGAUGAGAGAGGCCGCAGAGAAUUCGCCUGGCUCAGUAAUCAAAGUUUCCGCACUGAAGAUGCCCUGUUACUGCACCACCGGCUUGUAGAGACUGCAGCAGCCACGCCACCAGGGUCACCUCCAGCAAGUGUUUUCUCGGAGGCUGCACCAGCUGAGAAAUUGCCGGCAAAAUGGUCGGAGCAGGAGCAGGACGGAGACGGCACGAGGGGCAAGAAGAGGAAGAAGAAAAAGAAACAUCGACACCACAAAAAGGAUAAAAAGAGAGGUCGGGGAGUCAGUGAGAGCACUGACUCUGAGCCUCACGUCCUGCGGGACACAGAGAAGCAACCUGAAGCGGACAAACGCGAGGCUGGUGCAGUUAUUGACUGUGGUCAUUUUAUGUGGCUGGAUGACCUCCAGUCUCAGACGACACAGACCUUCUGUAUCGAUAAAAAGGCCGAUCCUGCCAACUGGGAAUACAAAUCUCUGUAUCGCGGAGACUUGGCAAGAUACAAGAGGAAAGGAGAUGAGUGCCUUGGUCUAGAUGCUAGGAAGCACCGUAUUAUUUGGGGAGAUUCAUCCAGAAAGAAGAAAAAGCACAGAAAAAAGAAUCGAUACUACAGCAAAUCUGGGCUUCAACUACUGAGCACAGACACGGUUUCUGUUUGUAGAAGAGACGGUUCAUCAGGAGAGACAAAGUUAGCACCAAGUUGCAGCUCCUUCAUACCAGUGCCAGACUGGGAAGAGGCUGAUGGCAAAAACCAGGGCACUUGUGCAUUGGUCAAUCCACUGGGCGUUUAUGAUGCUUCCACCACCCUGUGGCUACAGGGGAAGGGGCAGCUAGAGCACACAGAAAAAGACCAGGGGCCCCCAGAGAACAGUGAGAAUACAGGCUUGGCUGCAAUGACAAAAGUCGAGAGGUUCAAUCGGACGCUGAGAGAAAACCCCGCGGACAUCCAAACCUGGAUGGAGUUUGUGCACUUUCAGGAUGAAUUGCUGAAGGGACCAAGUCCGUACCAAAUGUGUGCAGCCGACACCGAGAAAAGGAAGAGGUCCGUGCGAGUUCUCCUGGAGAAGAAGCUGGCUAUCUUGGACAGGGCGAUCGAGAGUAACCCUGGCAGCGUGGAGCUCAAGGUGGCUCGGCUAGUGAUCUGCCAGGAAUUUUGGGAGCCGGCCAGUCUGGUGAACGAGUGGAAGAAAGUGGUUUUCCUUCAUCCCAAUGACGCCAGCCUGUGGCAGAGGUACCUGCUGUUCUGUCAGGGCCAGUUCAGCACCUUCUCAGUGUCCAAGGUCAAUGGCAUCUAUGGCAAAUGUCUGACCACCUUAGCGGCCUCCCUGGAUGGCACCCUGGUGUCUCACCCCACCCUGCCCGAUACUGAAGAAGCCAUGCUGGGAAUCUUCUUACAGCAAUGCCACUACCUCCGUCAGAGUGGCCACUCAGAAAAAGCCAUCGCUCUCUUCCAGGCUCUCAUUGAUUUCACCUUCUUCAGACCCGAUCACCUGACUACCUUACUCACCAAGACACAGGUGGAAUUCUUUGAGCCGUUCUGGGACAGCGGUGAGCCUCGGUUUGGAGAGAAGGGAGCGAGAGGUUGGAAGGCAUGGAUGAGGCAGCAGGAAAGGGGUGGAUGGCUUGUCACGAACGAACAAGGUGACGAGGAUGAGGAAGAUGAGGUUGGUGAUGAAGUGAAGGACAAGUCGCUGCCCAAGUGGCAGGUUUGGCUGCAGGUCGAGAGUUCCCGUGACGCCAAGCACUGGUUACCGUGGCGAGCCGAAGAGGCCAAAGGUAAGGCUGAAGAGGAAUGCGAUGAUCCUGACAGACAGGUCCUGUUUGAUGACAUUGGCACGUCCAUGUUUAAAAUUUCAACUCCAGAGCUCAGAUUCCGGCUGAUGACUUCCUUUUUCCAGUUCCUGGGCGUUCCCAUGGGAUUCAGCCUCCCGGCCUCCUGCCUGAACGUUACACUGGACGAACUGUCUGUGUUCGGCAGCGAGACUCCUGGGGAAAGGCCCUUGACCUCACUGGACUUGCAGGCCUCUGGGGUGAGCGCGGUGGGUUCAAUGGGCACCGUGGCCUAUCAGAAGAAGCCGAUCGCACGCUACAAGGAAGGGGAGGACUUCAUCCAGACAGCGUUCCACCAAGCCUUACCUCUCUUCACAGCGGAAGAGCAGUCAGAACUCACACUGAGCUGGCUGCAGUACGAGAGGGCCAAGGUGACUCGGUGCCUACGGGGCAGCAGCAAGAAGCUGCGGUCCCAGGGGAGGAAGAGCAGGAGGCUGGCCAGGAGGCUGCUGAAGGAGACUGAGAACAGGAGUGACCUGGCCCUGUGGAAGGAGUACGCCCACCUGGAAUGGCUGCUGGGCAACGUGGAGGAUUCCCGCAAGGUGUUCGACGCCGCGUUGGCCACGGCGGUCAGCCAGGGCCUGCAGAGCUCCCCGCUGUGUGGUCUGUGCUUGCUGUACGCCGCCCUGGAACUGGAGCUGAUGGGCGGUCUGGAUGGGGCUGCCUCGUGUCGCACGGUUUACAUACUGACCAAACUGGCCGAGGGCAGCAACUACGCCCCUUACCCCGGAGAUGUCUCGCCCGUCGGCGUGCUGAAAGCCAGGAAAGCCUUUGAGCAGUCGUUUCGGGAAUGCCUGACGGCCUCGGGCACGGCCUCGGGCACGGCCUCUCCCUGCAAGCCAGGGCCGCAGAGACUGGCGAACCUCUCGGGCUGUUACGCGCUCUUCCAGUACCUGACUGUGGGCGUCCAGGGGGCGGAGGCACUGUACAGCCGCGCCGCCCAGAGUCUCCCGCCCCCGCCCUCGGGCAGGGCGAGCGCCCAGGGCCGGCAGUGGGCCACCUCCGAGCUGGGGCGGAUGAGCACGUUUCACGCCGGACUGCUCCGCUACAACAUGCAGGUGAGCGUGCACCCGCUCGGCCCCCUCCGAAACGUGCUGACGGGCGCCCUGCGGAGGGAUCCCUCCAACGCCGGCCUAUGGAGGCUGUACGCGCAGGCGGAGAACCGGUCGCACAGCGCUAGCCGGGCUCGGAGGUUCUUCGACAGCACGGCCCGGGCGGCCAAGGGCCUGAUCCUGCCCUGGCUGUUCGCAAUCUACGCGGAGGAGAGGAGGAAAGCGCUGGUGGAUUGUGUGCAGAGGGUGGACGUGGGACUGAUACAUACUACGCUCCCCGAGACUGGCCUGGCCAAUCGCAUCAGGACACUGUUCGAACACGGCCUGCACAGCGAAAGCGGGGCGCACUGUGUGUUACUGUGGAGGAUGUAUCUGCGGUUCAUGGUUACCCAAGGGAAUGCUGAGCGAAGUAAGGGAGUGUUUUACAGAGCACUGCAAGCCUGUCCAUGGGCCAAGGUUCUGUAUCUGGACGCCAUCGAGUACUUCCCGGAGCAGCUGCAGGAGAUUGUUGACCUGAUGACGGAGAAAGAGAUCCGGGUUCGGGUGCCCAUCGAGGAGCUGGAGAUCCUGCUGGAAGAAGAUGAAAUUCCUCCUGAAACUGAAGCUCGACUCAGCUGUCAGUAAAGCCCGCCCAGCGUCUCGCUCUCGCCCUCCCCUGAGGAUGUACAACUCCCUCCUCCCAGGACUCCCGAGGCUGUUCUUCAUACGAGUGUUUGUUGACAAGUAUUGGGACUGUGCGGACAUCCUCUCUCCACCCGGCUGGACAGUGGUCAGGAGUGGGAAGCCCAAUCUCUCUCUCACUAAAGCGAGGACAGCCAUCCCCAGGCUCUUGACACCAAGAGCUACCUUUAUCCAUUAUACCAUCAGGAGGCGGAUGCCUGACCCACCAAGAGGAUGGCCAGGAGCAAGGAGAGGACUCCUACCAAAGAACUGGGUGCUUAGGUGCUCUCUGUCUGCCUGCUGUGUGACUGAAGGAGUGCACCGUACUGCUACAGCUCCCACCGUUCUGUCACACAGUGUGCAGCCGGAACCCUGGCCAAUGCUCACUUCUCAGCCUCAACCCUCUGUUCCACAGGAGCCUGGAAAAGGACACGUUAACUAACGGCAAAAUACUGCAGGUCAGGCAGCAUCUAUGGAGAGAGGAAUGUGAGUUAAUGACCUCAAGUCGUUGGUCCUCUCUCCGCAGAUGCUGCCUGACUUGCUGAGAGUUUCCAGCGAAUACUGUUAACUCUUUCAGGGAAUGUAUGGUACCUCAGCACCGUGCUGCUCAGAGAAAGAAAACGUAACCAUCAGUUUCACCCAAUUUUUUGUAAAGAAAUCUGAAAAUAUUUAUUUUGUAAUAAAUAUAACACUGGACAUA